CGCCCCGCCCGGGAUCCCGGGAGCUGUCCGGCCGCCUCGGUGCUGAUCCCGCCGCCGCCCACGGGCCGCGAGCCGCGUAGAGAGGGCACUAUGAGCGGGGGCGUCUACGGCGGAGAUGAGGUGGGAGCGCUCGUCUUUGACAUUGGUUCCUUCUCAGUCCGAGCUGGGUAUGCUGGGGAGGACUGCCCCAAGGCUGACUUCCCCACCACUGUGGGGCUGCUGGCCGCAGAAGAGGGGGGCGGGCUGGAGCUGGAGGGAGAGAAAGAGAAGAAAGGGAAGAUUUUUCACAUCGACACCAAUGCCCUGCACGUGCCUCGGGAUGGAGCAGAGGUCAUGUCGCCCCUCAAGAACGGCAUGAUUGAGGACUGGGAGUGCUUCAGAGCCAUCCUGGAUCAUACCUACAGCAAACAUGUCAAGUCCGAGCCCAACCUGCACCCGGUACUCAUGUCGGAGGCUCCGUGGAACACUCGGGCCAAGCGGGAGAAGCUGACGGAGCUGAUGUUUGAGCAGUACAACAUUCCUGCCUUCUUCUUAUGCAAGACAGCUGUGCUCACCGCCUUUGCAAAUGGACGUUCCACAGGCCUGGUGCUGGACAGUGGGGCCACCCAUACUACAGCCAUCCCAGUACACGAUGGCUAUGUCCUCCAGCAAGGCAUUGUGAAGUCACCCCUGGCAGGGGACUUCAUCUCCAUGCAGUGCCGGGAGCUCUUCCAGGAGAUGGCUAUUGAUAUCAUCCCUCCUUACAUGAUCGCAGCUAAGGAGCCUGUGCGGGAGGGAGCUCCCCCAAACUGGAAGAAGAAGGAGAAGCUACCCCAAGUUUCCAAGUCCUGGCAUAACUACAUGUGCAAUGAGGUGAUCCAAGACUUCCAGGCCUCCGUGCUGCAGGUGUCGGACUCCCCUUACGAUGAGCAGGUGGCUGCACAAAUGCCCACCGUGCACUAUGAAAUGCCCAAUGGCUACAACACAGACUACGGCGCUGAGAGACUUCGGAUCCCUGAGGGCCUGUUUGAUCCUUCCAAUGUGAAGGGCCUGUCUGGGAACACCAUGCUAGGAGUGGGCCACGUAGUUACCACCAGCAUCGGCAUGUGUGACAUUGACAUUCGCCCGGGUCUUUACGGCAGUGUCAUCGUCACUGGCGGCAACACUCUGCUCCAGGGCUUCACGGACAGGCUUAAUCGGGAGCUUUCCCAGAAGACCCCACCGAGCAUGCGGCUGAAGCUCAUCGCCAGCAACAGCACCAUGGAGCGCAAGUUCAGCCCCUGGAUCGGGGGCUCCAUCUUGGCCUCACUGGGCACGUUCCAGCAGAUGUGGAUCUCUAAGCAGGAAUACGAAGAGGGCGGGAAGCAGUGCGUGGAGCGGAAGUGCCCCUGAGGUCGACCCCGCCCCCUCCGCAAACACCCACCCACCUCCUCCACAGCGUUGUGGGGAGACGGAUGUCAGAGGGGCGUUCUACCAGCCAGGCCUCCAAAAGCGCUGAACCCUCCAUCUCCCAUUGCCCUCUCCUCUCUUACCUACAUCUUCUUAGACUGUGAUGUUUCUGAGUUGAAAU